AUAUUAAUAUAUCAUGUUACAAUGAUGUGUGGUUUUUCAAUUGCAUGUUUGGUUUAUAUACCACUCGACUUUAGAUUUUGAUACCGUUUAUGUCAUUAUUAUUACAAUUAUGUUUUAAUUGAUCAGAAAAAUCGGCAGUGUAUGAAAUUAGUGAUUGAAUAUAAGUUUAUAAUAUACUAAAUUUACUAUAUAGUCUUAAUUAUUAUUAUUUUUUUUUUUUACAUUUAUAAUAUUGUCUACGAUUUCGGAUAUAACGAUUACUUCAUUUUCUAUUUAACAUGGAUGCGACGUACAAAGAAGAAAAACUACCUAAUCCUCGAUCGGAAGCUAAUAUUUUUGGAAUUAUUACAUUUAGUUGGGUUUUAGAAAUUAUCAAAAAAGGAUUAAAACAAGAUUUAGAUUUAAAUGAUUUAUAUACGAUUUUGAAAGAAGAUUCGUCAGAGUUACUGGGCAACAAAUUACAUAAACUAUGGAAUGAGGAAUUGAUAAUCUCAAAGAAAAAAAAUCAAAAGCCAAGCUUUUUUUAUACGCUAUUUAGAAUGUUUGGAUCAACAUUUAUGUUCAUAGGAAUUUAUAUUGCAAUAAUGGAAAUUAUUUUAAGCAUAAGCAUAUCAACCAUUGUUGGACAAAUUGUUGACCAUUUUGAAAAGAAUUCAUCGGUUGGCAUUGUCGGAAUAUAUUUAUCAAUUGGCUUAGUCAUAAUUUUAUUAAUAAGGAUAAUUAUUUUUAGUGGUUAUGAUAUGAUAAGUUCACAUCUAGCUAUGAAAAUGCGAAUAGCAACAUGCAAUAUCAUUUACAGAAAGGCACUACGACUGAAAGUGAAUUCUUUAGACCAAACCUCCGCUGCUAAAAUAUUAAACUUAAUAUCAAACGACGUAAAUCGGUUUGACACAUCACUUAUAUAUAUACCUUUUUUAUGGAUUGGUCCUUUAGAAACAGUAGUAGUGACGUACUUUUUGUGGCAAGAAGUUAGUGUGUCAUCAUUACUUGGUGUAGCCACAUUAAUUAUGUUUAUACCAUUACAAUUAUGGUUGGGGUCGAAAACAUCUGAGAUUAGAUUAAAAACUGCCAAAAGAACGGACCAGAGAGUUCAUCUAAUUAAUGAAAUAAUUAUGGGCCUACAAGUGAUAAAAAUGUACUCAUGGGAACCAUUUUUUGACGAUCUUGCAAAACAUUCUAGAAAAAGAGAAAUCAACAAAAUUAAAAAAUCAUCUUAUAUCAAAGGAAUUUUGUCCUCGUUCUUUUUGUUUAACACAAGAAUUGCAUUAUUUGUGACUUUAUUUUCGUACAUAUUAUUCGGAAAUUAUAUAACAGCAUCAAAAGUAUUUGUGAUAACUUCGUAUUAUAACAUUUUGCGGAGAGCAUUGACAAUCACUUUUCCACCGGGUAUAGGUAAAACUGCUGAAUUACUAGUCUCAAUUAAAAGGAUCGAGGAUUUUCUUUUGAAUGAGGAAAAGGAUAAGCAACCAAACAACCGUAUAAAAGCUAAAGAUGCAGAUAAAAAUAUAAUUGACUAUAAUAGUAAAGCGUCGUAUAAGAUCACUGAUGAGAGUGAAGCAAAACAGUUCAGUAAUUUUGGAGUAUCGUUUUUGAAUGUUACUGCCAAGUGGGCAGUCUCUCAAGUUAAUAAUACUUUAGAAAAUAUAAACAUAACUGCAACCCCAAAUCGAUUAGUUGCAAUAAUUGGUCCAGUAGGAGCUGGAAAAAGUUCAUUAAUACAAGCAAUUUUACAAGAAUUACCACUUAUGAAAGGAAGUAUUUCUGUGGGUGGUGUAGUGUCAUACGCAUCGCAAGAACCAUGGUUAUUUUCAGGGUCUGUGAAACAAAAUAUUUUAUUUGGAUCACCAAUGGACAAUGAACGUUAUAAAACAGUUAUAAAAGUAUGCGCGUUAAAAACAGAUUUGGAGCAGUUUCCAUAUGGUGAUAGAACAAUAGUUGGUGAGAAGGGAGUUUCUCUUAGUGGCGGUCAAAAAUCAAGAGUAAAUUUAGCAAGAGCUAUAUACAAACAAGCGGAUAUUUAUUUAUUGGAUGAUCCUCUAUCAGCAGUUGAUACUCGUGUAGGAAUGCAUAUAUUUGAAAAAUGCAUAACUGAUUAUCUAAAAGAAAAGACUUGUAUACUGAUAACCCAUCAAAUACAAUACUUAAUAAACGUCGAUCACAUUGUUAUAAUGGAAAAUGCAAAAGUAUUGGCAGAGGGUUCAUAUCAAGAACUUGAAGAAUCACCAAAUUUAUAUUUUACGAAAAUUUUCGGAUACUCCACAAAAACACCAAUUUUAAACAUCAAUGACGAAAAUUUGGUUGGAAAAAACAAUACCAAAAAAAAAUAUUCUAUGUAUAACAAUUUGCACGAGUCGAUUUUAAAUCCGGCCACACCAUCUGUCAAAAAAAUGAAAACCGUUAAGGUAAACCAUACUGAGCCCGUCAAAAUAUUAGAAACACAUUCUACUGGAAAUGUGGCACUUGGUGUUUAUUUUGCAUAUAUAUUUGUGGGUGGACAUUAUUGCAAAGUAUUAGGAUUAUUUUUGGUAUGCAUUCUCACACAAAUACUAUCGUCGGGUGCAGAUUACUGGAUAACUUAUUGGAUUAAUUUGGAAGAAAAGAUUUUUCGAACGAACACACCUUUGGUUUCAGACAGUACAUCCUUAAAGGAUUCAUCUGAUGCAUUAUUGACAUCGUGGACUGCAUCAAGACAAACAUGUGUUAUUGUUUUCGCUAUGCUAACAUUCUUGAUCAUAAUAUCUGCAUUAGUCCAAUCCACUUUACAGGUAUACGUGUGCACAAAAGCGUCCAUGAAUUUGUAUAACCGUAUGUUCAGUUCCAUUACAAGAGCAACAAUGACUUUUCUGAAUAAAACUCCAUCGGGGCGAAUCCUCAAUCGGUUUUCGAAAGAUAUAGGACUCAUUGACGAAAUGUUACCUUCUGUGUUGAUUAAUUGUAUACAAAUUGGAUUGGUGGCGUUUGGAAUAAUAACAACAGUAGGAAUUGUCAAUCCCUAUUUGGCUUUACCAACAUUCGUCUUAAUAAUAUUAUUUUUAAAAAUAAGAACUAUUUUUAUGACAACAACUCGUAAUGUCAAACGUCUAGAAGGUGUUACACGAAGUCCAAUAUUCACUCACGUGAAUUCAUCGCUUCAAGGGCUGACAACAAUAAGAGCGUUUAAUGUUGAACAAAUUCUUAUCCAAGAGUUUACCAGCCAUCAAGAUUUACACUCAUCGGCUUGGUAUUUGUUUAUCACUCUAAGUAGGGCGUUCGGUUUUUGGUUGAAUAUGUCCUGCAUGUUCUAUAUAAGUCAUGUAAUAUUUUCUUUUAUAUUGAUUAGUGAUGUUACAAAUGGGAGAUAUGUUGGUUUGGUUGUAACACAAUCAAUUGUUUUAUCUACUAUGUUCCAAUGGGUAAUGAGGCAUUCGGCAGACUUGGAAAACCAAAUGACGUCUGUAGAAAGAAUCCUAGAAUAUACAGAUGUACCACAGGAAUCAGCACUUGAAACAGCACCCGAUAAAUUGCCGCCGACAGACUGGCCCAAUAAUGGUCAAAUUAUUUUCAAACAGCUUUAUCUGCGUUAUGACUUGGAUACACCAUUUGUUUUAAAAAAUCUCAAUAUCAACAUUGAAGCUGCGGAAAAAAUUGGAAUCAUUGGAAGAACUGGUGCAGGAAAAUCAUCUUUGAUUGCAGCAUUAUUUAGAUUAGCUGUUAACGAGGGUAACAUAAUUAUCGAUGGUGUGGAAAUACACGAAUUGGGAUUACACGACUUGCGAUCCAAAAUUUCCAUCAUACCUCAAGAACCAGUUUUGUUUUCAGGAACAAUGAGAACAAAUUUAGAUCCAUUUGAUGAAUACACAGAUCAAGUUCUUUGGAAAGCUUUAGAUGAAGUGGAGCUCAAAUACGUAGUAGAAAAUUUGUCAAAUGGUCUAAAUUCGAAAAUGUCAGAAGGUGGUUCUAAUUUCAGUGUUGGUCAAAGACAAUUAGUAUGCUUGGCUAGAGCAAUUAUACGAAAUAAUAAAAUUCUCGUUUUAGACGAAGCCACUGCAAAUGUUGAUCCACAAACUGAUUCUUUGAUUCAAAAAACUAUAAGAAAUAAAUUUAGUAAGUGUACAGUAUUAACAAUUGCACAUCGUUUGAAUACAGUGAUGGAUUCUGAUAAGAUACUUGUAAUUGACGCUGGUACGGUAGUUGAAUUUGAUCAUCCAUAUAAUUUAUUGAAAAAUAAAGGUGGAUUUUUAUACCAAAUGGUAGAACGAACUGGACAAGGCAAUGCUCAAUCAUUACAUAGUUUAGCUUAUGAGAAUUACAAUAACGUACACAAUAUUCCAAGCGAACAUCGAUUGGCAAGUAUUAACGAAGAUGAAAACGAAUUUAAGAUCAUGAAUUUAUGAGUUAUACUUGUAUAGUUGUAUACCAUGUAUAGUUACAUACGUACAAUCAAAAAUACAAUUAUUGCAUUUCCACA